GCCAUAACUCGUGACAGAUUCGGACAGGAUGUUGGAUCCCGUUUGUGAGGCUUCGAGGAGUCAGAAUCCUUCACGACCACGAUCGGCUAUACUUCCACCUUCCAGCAUUGUGAUCAACUAGGUUUUAGCCAUCAUGUACUUCUCCAAGGCUGGCAUCGUGGCUUUGCUGGCGGCCGUACCCAGCACCCUCGCCUGUCUCGGAUACGAGGGCGGUGUUCCCACUGCAACUUCCACCAAGACUAACAGCAAGUACAUUGAGGUUCUCGCUGGCGCUGUUUACGACGGUGGCUGGGCCAGAUUCGACCGUGGGUCUGGUGCUUGCACCAGUGGUGAAGGAGGUGACGCUGAUGCUGUCUUCAUUCUCCGAAAGGGUGCAACUCUGAAGAAUGCCAUCAUCGGCAAGAACCAGAAGGAGGGUGUCCACUGUGACGGCGCUUGCACUCUCGAGUUUGUGUGGUUCGAGGAUGUCUGCGAGGAUGCCAUCACUGUUAAAAACGACAAGGCUGGCGACCACACCUGGAUCAUUGGCGGCGGUGCCUACAAGGCCAGCGACAAGAUUGUUCAACAUAACGGUUGCGGCACCGUGAACAUCAUUAACUUCUACGCGAAUGACUACGGCAAGGUCUAUCGCUCUUGCGGCAACUGCAGCAGCCAGUGCAAGCGCAACGUGUACGUCGAGGGCACGACCGCCUACAACGGUGGCGAAGUGGUUGGCAUCAACUCCAACUACGGCGACACCGCCACUCUCAAGAACGUCUGCACCGACGCCAAGGUCCCGUGCCAGAUGUACAACGGGUGUGCCGGUGGCUGCGAGCCCACCAAGUCAGGUGUUUGCUCCGGAUAAGGUACCUUUACGAUCUACCGCAAGCCGCACGGCAUCCGCCGAGAGUCCACACGGGUCUCUCAGACACGCCACCAACCCUGGACCGUAUUUUCUUCUCAAAUCAGAACUUUUGGCCAGAAAUUCUUGUACAUAUCAUCUCACAUUGCGGACCAUGGUCGCUACGCACAUAUUUAGCUUGAUGUUGAAUGAGGAACGACCAUCUUUGCCGACCUUCAUUGGGUAACACAGCUGAUCGACUGAAUAAAGUGAGAACCUUGAGUACUUUGAGAUCUAUCCGUGUAUUUUAUGUGUGGCUUCUUAAAGGCCCUCGGCACGGUAAUCGCCUGACCUCAGUCGACGCGAGGAGAGUCAUGUCGAUCCCAAUUUGGUAAUCAAGAAGGUCAAC